CCGGCAUCUGUCUCUCCAACCUCCCACACAUUUCCCCGUCAUAGUCCCACUCUUUUCAUUUCAUUUGAAUUUCGCGCCUGUUUCGGUGUCGCGUUGCUUAGAGGAUCUGGUUGGCAGCUCUUUCCAGUACUCCGCUCAUUAAUUUCAUCUUAAUACACCAUGGGUAUCCCAAUGUAUCGUGAGCCUUCGGCUACCGAGGCUUCUAAGAAAAAUGCGAUCAAAGACCCUUCAGCUGCUGCGCGCUCGGCAAUUCGUCGUCAGCCCACUAUCCGCCGUCCUUCGCGCCAUGGAACCUUCCGCGGCGCGUCUCACCGCUUAGAUCGCCCUAAUCUUGUCAAUUCGAUGUUUUAUGAUACUUUAUCAGAUUGGAAUGCUAUUGAACGCGCGCGCCCCAGCCGGAGUAUAGGCGAAAUUCUUGCGCGUGAAGCGAGAGAAUUGGAAAGUCUGUCGGCAACGCCACGACAAGACGAGUCGCCGGAUUUACUUGCUGGUCCUACAGAUGCGAACAGAUGGGAAGUCGGUCAGCGCUUGCUUGCGGAUGCUGCCCGUCAUAGUCAACCCGGCCGGCGAUUAAGGAUCCCUCGCGAUACCAUGUUAACUGAGACGGUCAAUCGUCCGUCGCCCGGAGAUGGCCCAAGAAAUCAACAGAGCUCAGAACACCCGCCUUUUACACCGCGCUUUGCUCCUGCGAUAGCAUAUCAUAGUGCUGUUGCAUCACAGCCCAACGCUCGUCGUUCACCUUUCCCCGGAUUGGAUAUGUCAGGGGAUCUGGGGCUGCCAAGAGUCCCGCAAUUGCGGAGAGCAAUCGAACAGUCAAUCAGUGAUUUAAAUCGGCCAUUUAGUGAGCCAUCCAUCGAUGGCCUUGGGGAUCGCCAGCGAAGUUUGAGUCCGGAUGAUGAUGAUUAUGCACAUAACGCAUGGGAGACACUUCUUACGACCAUGACGCCCGAUGCCAACCUUCCCAGCAACGAGUCCUCAUUCGCAUCCACAUCAGCUUCUGCCACAAAUGCGUCAAGGAGUGGAACUACGGCAACUUCAACCAACUCGACGCAGACACUGCCGUCGAGUCUGGAUUCCGCUACCGCGAAUGUACACCUUGCUCUCGACCCGUAUCCUGAAUUUUUGAACCCUUGUGACUAUCCGACAUCGUCAGACUCCGAAUCUGACCCCGAAAUUGAUCUUGAAGGAAACCGCCAGGCACGGCGCCGACGCGGCUUGCCGCGACCCCGGUUUAUGGACUCCCUUCGACAAUCACAUGAUAUCAAUUCGACUAUGAGCAGCCAACCGCCGAUUCCUACUAUCUCAUUUGCUUUCUCUGACCCGUCUACGGAUCCUGAAUUCCGUCAAAUGCAGAGUAUCGUAAGCCGGUUCGCUAACGGAGAUGUUCCGGACCAUAUGUGGGUUGCUGCCGGGUUGCCUCUGCCUCCCGGUGUCGGUUCAAGACUCGGCGGGGGGGAUGAGGCACGCGACUCUGACAGUGUGGAUGGUGCACGCCGUCGGGGUAAUAUGUGAUUCAGCCAAUUUCUGUUGAUAUAUUCUUUGGCUUUGGCAUGUUGUUCUUUCUUGCUUUUUUGACACCCUUGAAUUCCAUCGACUGGAAAGGGGUUAUAUUUUGACUGGAUGGUUUACAGCGGGACAGAUACACGAUACCAGGGGUAUGGCGGCGUUAUGGUGUGGUCCAUUUUGGGGAAUUUGCAUUUGUGGGCGAAAAGUCGUUGGCUCUGGUAUGGGGUGUGGUUUAUUUUCUAUGAAUAUUUGCAUACAGGCUUUUAUACAUUGAUGGUUCGCUGCGGGAUCAGCGCUGCACUGGUUGCAUUAUUUCGUUUUCACUUCAGGAGACGAAGUCAAUACUCUUUUUCUUUUCUUUUCUUUUUCUCUUGUUCACUGCUACUGCAAACCCGGAUGGCUGGUAUAUACUAGAGGACUGCAUGUAAAUAGGGAGACAAACCCUGUCCGGAACAAUGGAAGACAUCGACCGUCUCUACUCCGUAUAGUUACAAGUACAUAGU